AAUUUCACCGUAACAGAUUGACAUACUAGUGAGGUUAUUGCUACAGUGCCAGUAAGAGUCAUUAAGCUAAGAGACACUGGCAUGCUCAAAGACCUGUUACAGUCCAGGUCGGAAAUGUUCUUGUAACAAAUUUAGGCCUGAGGCAGGAGUCUGUUAUGGUGAUUUGUGACUCUUUGUGUAAAAAUCCCAAAGAUUUAAACAGAUUUUUCGAACUACUAGGACAUUCAUCAGGAUGGUACAGAAGUCAGUGGUGGUGGGUUUGGCGGUGCUGUUAAUUGCUGCAGUGGGGACAUUUUUAGGUGUGUUUUUUGGAUAUAGGGGUAACCUUUCACCUGUCGUCAUUGAGAGAUCAUACCAACAUGCCGCUGUAGCGGCAGACGCCGGGCCGUGCUCUGAAGUCGGCAGAGACAUUCUCCUACAGGGUGGUUCUGCUGUAGAUGCAGCAAUUGCUGGACUGUUGUGUGUAGGUUUGAUGAAUGCUCACAGUAUGGGGAUCGGAGGAGGCCUGUUCCUCAACAUCUACAAUGCUGACACAGGAAGAGUGGAAACAAUUGACGCUCGUGAAACGGCACCCGCUAACUCCUCUCGGGACAUGUUCGGGAACAGCACUGAUCUUUCUCAGAAAGGCGGCCUUUCCAUUGCUGUUCCUGGAGAAAUUCGAGGAUAUGAGCUGGCUCAUAAGCGUCACGGCAAGCUGGCCUGGAAAGAACUGUUCAUGCCAAGCAUCAAACUCGCAAAGAAUGGAUUUCCUGUGGGUAAAGCUCUCGCUGGAGCAAUUGCCAACAACAGAAACACUAUCCUCACAGAUGAAGAAUUAUGUUCCGUAUUCUGUAACAAAAAUGGAGAUAUCUUAAAGGAAAAUGACACAAUCACCUUCCUUAAACUGGCAGAUACUUAUCAGCAGAUUGCAGAGAAAGGGGCAGAUGCAUUUUACAAUGGAACAAUCGCAGAAAAUCUUGUCAAAGACAUUAGGAAUGCAGGUGGCAUUAUAACUAUGGAAGAUUUAAUGAAUUACACUGCACUGUUGGAUGAAAACCCUCCGAAAGUAUCAGUGGGUGAAUUUACAAUGUUUGUGCCAGACGCUCCAUCCAGUGGCCCCAUUCUCACCCUCAUCCUCAACAUCCUGAACGGUUAUAACUUCACAGCAGACAGCGUUUCCAACACUGAGAAGAAAAUUCUCACAUAUCAUCGUAUAGUGGAGGCUUUCAAAUUUGCAUAUGCUAAACGCAGUGUUCUGGGAGACCCCAAAUUUCUUAACAUCACUGAUUUUAUCCAGAACAUCACAUCUAAAAGCUUUGCAGAUUCAAUCCGGCAGAAAAUCACGGAUAACACAACACAUAAUGACAGUUAUUACGAACCCGAAUAUUUUCUUCCGGAAAAUUAUGGAACAUCUCAUAUUUCUGUAGUGGACGCGGACGGAAGUGCAGUCUCUGCCACCAGCACCAUUAAUCAGUAUUUUGGCUCCAAGGUUAUGUCCUCAUCUACAGGAGUGUUGUUGAAUAAUGAGAUGGAUGAUUUCAGUUCUCCUCUGAUAAUUAACGGAUUUGAUCUUCCACCUUCACCUAAUAACUUCAUCAUACCACAUAAGCGUCCCAUGUCGUCUAUGUGUCCUGCUAUCCUGUUUGAUAAAAAUAACAAAGUUAAACUGGUGGUUGGUGGCUCAGGAGGGACAAAAAUCACAACAUCAGUUGCUGAGGUCAUUUUAAAAUCACUGUUCUUCAACUACGAUCUGAAGAAAGCCGUUCUUGAUCCCAGAGUUCAUCAUCAGCUCAGUCCAAAAUUCACUGUGUUAGAGCCAGAUUUUGACACGGCUGUAAUGGAUGGGCUUAUUAAGAAAAAUCACCUGAUUGAGAUGUUGACAUCAACGGGUGCUGUGGUUCAGGCGAUCCUACAUGAGGAAAACCAUCUAUUUGCUGAAUCCGACCCUCGAAAGGGAGGAUACCCUGCAGGAUACUGAGGCUUCAUUUUGUUUCCUAUUUAUCCAUGAUGUGUCCCAUCAUCUGUUUAGAUUUUAUAGCAUUAGUGAUAUUAAAAUGAUCAGACUGACCUUAAAGAGUUUCAUACUGUCAUACGUGUGACAUCACAGACUGAGGUUUAAACCAGUCAUCUGAAUAAUGUCUUAGUAUGUGAUUUAACACAUUAAACUUAAAAUUAAUGUUUUAACCCUUAAUGAUUAAGACACAUUUACUUCUUUUUCAGUUUUUAUCAUAUCCCUGCUUUUAGUAUAGACUUGUUAUGAGUAUGUACAAGCAGAUAGUGUGAUGCACCAAACACUGUGGUUUCAAAAAGUCAUUUUAUUACACAUGUAAAAACACACACGUGUAGAUUGUUCCACAUAAUGUUCCACAACACACACAUUUAUACCACUUAAGUGAUAACAGAUUAUAACCAGAUUCAAAAAAUCAAGUCACAUUAAAAAAUAUAAUAAAAAAAUCUAUAAUAUUUGUAACUAUUUUAGUGCCCACUACGAGUGCAAUAUAGUAUAUCUUUUUUUUCUGAUUAUGCUUAUUUCCUUUAAUGGUCCUGUAGUAUUGUCAAUGCUAUUUUAAGUGUCUAAGUCAACAAUGAUGUACUCCAUGGGAAAGCAAACAACAAUAACUGCAUGGCUACUAUAAACACACAAAAAAUAAGGCUAACAUUUAGGCUAAUGCAAAAAUGAACAAUGCUUGUCAGUUGGCUGUGUAAGUCCUGCUAGAUGCCAAAAGAAACCCCUAUACUUUAAAAAAUAUAUAUGGUAAAGAAGUUUAAAAAUCAGUACAAAACCUAUAGUUACAUCACGAUUAUGCAAAAUUAUACAAAACAGUAUUAAACAUCAUACAACAUAUAAGGCUACAUGAAAAAUAGUCUAAAUAAUGUCACAUUUACAUUCACUUUAGGCACAGUCUGCUGUUUGGCUCAGUUUGGUUUAUUUGCUGCUCUGUGUGAUGUUUCAGCUUUUCAUGGUGUACUUUUUUGUAGGGUACUCAAUGAUAAGUUUAACUCCAAGUCUGUAUCAAUAAUAUAUAUUACCUUAGACGAACAGAACAGAAUCUGCUGCUUGAUUUUGAAAUUUUUUUCCAGGUUAGUUUUUUUCUGUGAAGUAGCUCUGCUUCAGUUCAGUUGCUUCUUGUAGUGAUUGCAUUUCAUCUUUUGACCCUUGCCUCCUGGAUUUGCCCAUUGUGUUUGAUAAUUCCCCUCCUUACAACCUUGAUUUUUGGACUUGAUCAGUAACCUGAUGCAUUUCCUUUUUUCCUACCAUCAGAGACAGCAGUGAUGCAGCCAUGCUCUUUCAUUAUGGCGUUCACAACAUUAAAGGAAAAUUUAUUAUCUUUUACAUCAUGUCCGAAAGACUGCAUGGCAUCCUUCAUCGACUGUAAAAGAAAAAGAACAGUAAUGUUAAAAGACAAAAAAAGACCUUCUUAUCAAUGGGAAUUUAGGGAAACAGCCAGUUACAACUAAGCAUGUGUCGCUAAUAUUCAAUAUGUGAUAUUUUUUGGACACAUAAAAAUAUUGUCACUUCUCCUGCAUUCCAUUCAGGAGGUGGCUCCCUAGGUAGGCAGCAUUUUUAUGCAGCAUACACCCCAUUCAGGAGGCAGAAUCAGGAUAGCCUGUUUUUUGUUUGUUUUUAAAGUGUUUUUAAGUAUGUUAUAAUAUAAUUUUUAUAAUAUAUAAUAUUAUUUGUGUACUGGACAAGAGUGAACAUGAAAAGCAAACAUUUUUCAAUUUCACAUUUUUCAAUUUUUUCAACAUGUUUGUUGUAUGUAUCGCAUCACAUACAUAACUAAGCCGAGAAGUUAGCAAAGUACAAUUUAACAAAUGUCACAGUGUUCUUUAUACUUUACAGUUUGAAUGCUUGAAUCAUAUUGGUCAGAAGGUGUUGAUUAAUUUUCUAUAACAGCACAACUCUGACAGUACUUCUGACAGUACUUCAAAUCACAGAUUUAUAUUAAAGUGCUCGUUUAUAGAA